AAGAACUAACUAAAGAAGAAAAAGAAAAAAACAAAGCAAACGACUUUGAAGAGUCAAGGCGAAACAACUAAAAAAUCUCAUAAAUAAUAGAGAGAAAAGAUUCAUCAUCACCAAAAGAUCAUAAAAGAAGUAAAGAAGAAGAACUUCUCUGCAUCAAUGGCGAUCUCCAAGCUCCAUCUACUCUUCCUUCUCUCAGUCUUUCUCUCCCUUCAUCCUCUUGUUCUUUCCGACACCGCCGAUGAAGAAGAUGUUCUUCUUACAGGCAUCAACAGUUACAGAGCAUCACUAAACCUAACAACCUUAAUACACAACCACAACGCAGAAUGUCUAGCAGACGAAAUCGCAGACCAAUUCAAGAACCAACCUUGCACAAACACCACUGGCUCAGCCUCUGUCCCUGGAACCACACCUGGAUUCCCAAACUUGCCUAACCUCCUCUCAAAAUGCCGCCUCAACCCUACCGUAACUAGAGACGGUGCGAUUUUGCCAGCUUGUGUUCCCAACCUUGAUCCUAGCCUUGUCUUGACCAAUUUCACAAUGUCACAGUACUCCAAGGACCUGAAUGAUUCUAAGUUCACUGGUAUUGGUAUUGGUUCUGAUGAUAAUUGGAUUGUUGUUGUCCUCACUACUAGCACACCGGAGGGUAGCUAUUCUCCGGCCUCUAACUCAGGAGCUUUCGCGUUCGGAGUUAAUGGCCUUGUUUCUUCAAGUUUGAUGUUUCUUCUCUUUUGCUUCUUCAUGUUUUGAGUCCCUUUUUUGGUGUUUAUCUAAACUACCUCGCUGUCUUUGUUUCUUAUUUAUGUUGUUAUUAUGGUGAUUUGUAUGAAUUCGUAAGGCAUUAAAGAGAAUAACAAUAUUAUCAUUAAGUUUCUGCUUCUUAUAAACUUUGUUUGUUGACAAAUGUACCAUCUAAAGAUUCUCAACAAAU